AAGGCCUGUCUGGAGCUCUGUGUGCACACAGCAUCAUUUCAGCGUGUGAGCAGCUGGUGGAAGGAAGGAAAGAAGGAAGGAGAUCUUUGAGAGCCUCAGUUGAGAUGGAAGCCAGAAUGCUGACGAUUUUCUGCAUAUUUUACUUUUGCUCAUUUGGAGCUGUUUUCUCAGCUCAGGCCCACAGAUUCCACUCGCACCUCCAGAGGAGUUCAGCACACAGAAAUCUGUCAACAAGUCCUCGCAGCAGAUAUCCUCAGUACAUGAUGCAGCUGUACCGCUCUUUCAGGACGGCCGAUUCCAUCUCUGCACAGGCUGUCAACAUCUUUACCACGCAAAGUGACAAAUCAUCAGUACAUGGCUUUGAUUCUGUCCUAAGUUUGGCGGCCAAAGGUUGCCAUCAAGUGGGUGACAGAUGGACGCUCCUAUUUGACAUGACAUCCAUCUCGACAAGUGAGCUUGUCCAGCUGGCAGAACUGCAGAUCAGACUGCCGGCCUUCUCUGCCUCUGAGGGGGCCACUGUGGACUUGUAUCACUCCCACAGGGAGAACUGUGACCCGGACAGUACGUCAUGCCAGGAGGAGAACGUUUUCUUGGGGAGCAUUGACACAACACCCAACAGCAAAAAGUCUUCCUGGAAGGUAUUUAACGUGACUGCUCUGCUGAAAUACUGGCUGCACAAGAGAGGCGACAUGCUGAGCCAAGAGGCGUCGGGACAGUCUGAGACGGAUCAUGGGAGCGGUGCUUGGGAUGAGUGGAAGAUGAACGACGAAUCCCCUUUGAACAGUUUGGGAAUGAGGCGUAGGAAAAUACACCAUCCAACCAAAAACCGAGUCAUGAUCGUCAUCUUCUCCAGACAAAACAUCUCCAGAGAAAGCCAUGCAGCGUACAGCCUCAUUCAUGCUGUGGAGAACUCCAAGUAUGUGACAGCAGACAGAGUGAGCAGUGACAGCCAAAGCCGCCGCCACAAAAGGAACAGAGUGGAGAGGAUGCGACUUGCUGAUGGCGCUGUACCAACUGUGGCAGCAGCAGCGGAGCCGGUCCGGAGGCCGCUGUGUCGAAGGGUGGAUAUGUGGGUAGACUUUGAGCACAUCGGCUGGGACGAGUGGAUUGUUCAUCCGAAGCGCUACAAUGCCUAUCGCUGUGAAGGAGAGUGCCCUACACCACUAGACGGGUCCUUCAAUCCCACUAACCAUGCAUACAUGCAGAGCCUCUUGAAACGUCAUCAUCCAGAAAAGGUGUCUUGCCCGUCCUGCGUGCCCACGCACCUCAGUCCCCUCUCCAUGUUGUACUACGAGAACGAUGACUUGACCCUGCGACAUCACGAGGAUAUGAUUGUGGAAGAGUGCGGCUGCCACUGAAAACCCUCCUCACCGGAGUUACUGAAGAUGGAGCAUACAUUUGAACUUUUUGUUUUUCUUUCAAUAUGAACAUGAAUAUCAAAAUAGAAAACUAGAAAAAGAUUUCCUGGUGGUGGCACCUCUACAAAAAGCAUUUUAAGAUUGAAUAGACACAGUACUAUUUUAUUACC